GAAUCGAGAGGAGAAGGACCUUUCUAAAACGCUGGGGUUGCUGGAGUGGUCCAAUUUUUCCUGGAGUGGAGUGGGAAAUUCAGAAGACUGAAGCCCAGGCUGACUGUCUACCUUUCACGGAGGCCGAGCCGUGAGAGGACGGAAGAAGGCACCUGGCGCAUCAUGACAGCGGACAAGGAGAGGGAGAAGGAGAAGGAGAAGGACCGGGACCGGGACAAACGGGACAAGGCGAGGGAGGGCGAGAACGCACGGCCACGCCGGAGCUGCACCCUGGAAGGCGGGGCCAAGAACUACGCCGAGAGCGACCACAGCGAGGACGAGGACAAUGACAACCACAGCGCCACCACGGAGGAGUCCACGAAGAAGAACAAAAAAAAGCCUCCCAAGAAGAAAUCUCGCUACGAGAGGACGGACAACGGGGAGAUCACCUCGUUCAUCACGGAAGACGACGUCGUCUACCGGCCUGGAGAUUGCGUAUAUAUCGAGAGCCGUCGGCCAAACACUCCCUAUUUCAUCUGUAGCAUUCAAGACUUCAAAUUGAGCAAGCGGGACCACCUCCUCAUGAACGUCAAGUGGUAUUACCGCCAGUCAGAAGUCCCAGACUCUGUGUACCAGCACUUAGUCCAGGACCGACACAAUGAAAACGAUUCUGGGCGUGAGCUGGUUAUUACGGACCCAGUGAUCAAGAAUCGAGAGCUUUUCAUUUCGGACUAUGUUGAUACUUACCACGCUGCGGCCCUCAGGGGAAAAUGUAACAUCUCCCAUUUCUCCGACAUCUUUGCUGCUAGGGAGUUCAAAGCCCGAAUGGACUCUUUUUUCUAUAUACUGGGCUAUAAUCCAGAGACAAGGAGGCUGAACAGCACCCAAGGAGAAAUCCGGGUUGGGCCCAGCCAUCAGGCCAAGCUCCCUGAGCUGCAGCCCUUCCCUUCAGGAGAUGGGGACGCUGUGACGCGUCACGAGGAGCUGGUCUGGAUGCCUGGGGUGAACGAUUGUGACCUGCUCAUGUACCUGAGGGCGGCAAGGAGCAUGGCGGCUUUUGCAGGGAUGUGCGACGGCGGCUCGACGGAGGAUGGGUGCGUUGCGGCUUCCCGUGAUGACACCACUCUCAACGCACUCAACACGCUCCACGAAAGCAACUACGAUGCCGGGAAGGCCCUCCAGCGCCUGGUGAGGAAGCCCGUCCCCAAACUCAUCGAGAAGUGCUGGACGGAAGACGAAGUGAAGCGGUUCAUUAAAGGACUCCGACAGUACGGCAAGAACUUCUUCAGGAUCCGAAAAGAGUUGCUCCCCAAUAAGGAGACCGGAGAGCUGAUCACCUUCUACUACUACUGGAAGAAAACCCCUGAAGCUGCGAGUUCCCGGGCUCACCGCAGGCAUCGGCGACAGGCUGUGUUUCGGAGAAUUAAAACCCGAACAGCAUCCACGCCGGUUAACACUCCCUCCAGGCCCCCUUCAAGCGAAUUCUUGGAUUUGAGCUCGGCCAGCGAAGAUGACUUUGACAGCGAGGACAGCGAGCAGGAGCUGAAGGGCUAUGCCUGUCGCCACUGCUUCACCACCACCUCCAAGGACUGGCACCACGGGGGACGGGAGAACAUCUUGCUCUGCACGGACUGCCGCAUUCACUUCAAGAAGUACGGAGAGCUCCCUCCCAUCGAGAAGCCGGUGGACCCACCCCCCUUUAUGUUCAAGCCGGUCAAAGAGGAGGAUGACGGCCUCAGCGGGAAGCACAGCAUGAGGACGCGGAGGAGUCGUGGCUCGAUGUCUACGCUUCGCAGUGGUCGCAAGAAGCAGCCCGUCAGCCCAGAUGGCAGGGCCUCGCCCAUCAACGAGGACAUCCGAUCCAGCGGCCGUAACUCGCCCAGUGCAGCCAGCACGUCCAGCAACGACAGCAAGGCGGAUUCGGUCAAGAAGUCCACCAAGAAGAUCAAAGAAGAGGCUUCUUCCCCUCUCAAGAGCUCCAAGAGGCAGCGCGAAAAGGCAGCCUCCGACGGUGAGGAGCCCGACCGCAUCAAUGCCAAAAAGACAAAAACCCAGGAGAUCAGCCGGCCCAACUCCCCCUCGGAGGGCGAAGGGGAGAGCUCCGACAGCCGCAGCGUGAACGACGAGGGCAGCAGCGACCCAAAGGACAUCGAUCAGGACAACCGGAGCACCUCGCCCAGCAUCUCCAGCCCGCAGGACAACGAGAGCGACUCGGACUCCUCCGCCCAGCAGCAGUCCCUGCAGGCCCCCAAUGGCCCGGCCCAGCCCGCGGGCCCCCUCCCCGCACAGCUGCCCCCGCUGCCAGCCGGCUCCGGCGCCCCCUCCUCCGCAGCCCCCCACGGGCCCCCCUCGGGCGCACAGCCCCCAGCCCCAGGCCUCCCGCACUCGCACAUCCAGCAGGCCCCCUCUCUGCACCCGCCGAGGCUCCCUUCCCCUCACCCACCCCUGCAGCCGCUCACCGGCCCCCCCAGCCAGCCCCAGGGCCCGGCCCUCCCCCAGCCGCACCCCCAGCCGCCCCUCCACGGGCAGAUGCAGGCCCUGCCGCACGGCCUCCAGGCGCAGCCGCUCCCACCUCACCCGUCCCCCGCACAGCCCUUCCCGCUCCCCCCCCAGGCCUCACCCGCCCCCCCCUCGGCCUCAGGGCCCCCUGCCGCCUCCUUGCAGGUGCCCGCCUCGUCCCCCAUGUCCUCCCAGUGCCCCCGGGAGCAGCCCCUGCCCCCCGCCCCCCUGGCCAUGCCCCACAUCAAGCCCCCGCCCACCACUCCCAUACCCCCCCUCCCCACGCCCCCGUCCCACAAGCACCUCUCGGGCCCCUCGCCCUUCUCCAUGAACUCCAACCUGCCCCCGCCCCCCGCACUGAAGCCGCUGAGCUCCCUCUCGACCCACCACCCGCCCUCGGCGCACCCCCCUCCCCUGCAGCUGAUGCCCCAGAGCCAGCCCCUGCAGCCGUCCCCAGCCCAGCCACCGGUCCUCACCCAGAGCCACCCAACCCCACCCCAGCCCCCUUUCGCCCAGCACCCGUUUGUUCCCGGGGGGCCACCCCCUGUCACGCCCCCCUCCUGCCCAUCGACUUCCACGCCACCGUCUGUGCCGAGCGCCCCGACCCAGGGGGCCAUGUCCGCCUCGGCCUGUGGCGGAAACGUCCCCGUGGUGACUGCCUGCGCGAUCCCCUCGAUCCAGAUCAAGGAGGAGGUACCCGACGAGGCCGAGGAGCCCGAGAGCCCUCCUCCCCCUGCCAGGAGCCCCUCGCCAGAACCCACAGUGGUGGAUACCCCGAGCCACGCCAGCCAGUCAGCUAGGUUUUACAAGCACCUGGACCGCGGCUACAACUCUUGUGCAAGGACGGAUCUGUACUUCAUGCCCCUGGCAGGCUCCAAGCUGGCGAAGAAGCGGGAAGAGGCGAUUGAGAAGGCGAAGCGCGAAGCUGAGCAGAAAGCCAGAGAAGAGAGGGAACGGGAAAAAGAGAAGGAAAAGGAGAGGGAACGAGAACGGGAGCGGGAGAGAGAGGCCGAAAGGGCGGCGCAGAAAGCGUCCAGUUCCUCCCACGAUGGGCGUCUCGGGGAAUCUCAGCUGAGUGGGCCGGCACACAUGAGGCCGUCCUUCGAGCCGCCCCCCACCACCAUCGCGGCCGUCCCCCCAUACAUCGGGCCGGACACCCCAGCCCUACGGACGCUCAGCGAGUACGCGCGUCCUCACGUCAUGUCCCCCACCAACCGGAACCACCCCUUCUUCGUCCCCCUCAAUCCCACCGACCCGCUCUUGGCCUACCACAUGCCGGGUCUCUACAACGUGGACCCCACCAUCCGGGAGCGGGAGCUGCGGGAGCGGGAGCUGCGGGAGCGGGAGAUCCGGGAGCGGGAACUGCGGGAGAGGAUGAAGCCGGGUUUCGAGGUGAAGCCUCCCGAACUCGACGCCCUUCACCCGGCCACCAACCCCAUGGAGCACUUUGCCCGUCACGGCGCCCUCACCAUUCCCCCGACAGCCGGCCCGCACCCCUUUGCUUCCUUCCACCCUGGGCUUAACCCCCUGGAGAGGGAGAGACUCGCUUUGGCGGGCCCUCAGUUACGGCCCGAAAUGAGCUACCCGGACAGACUGGCAGCCGAGAGGAUACAUGCCGAGCGCAUGGCGUCCCUCACCAACGACCCCUUGGCCAGGCUCCAGAUGUUCAACGUGACACCCCAUCACCACCAACAUUCCCACAUACACUCGCAUCUGCACCUUCACCAGCAGGACCCGCUACAUCAAGGCUCAGCAGGACCCGUUCACCCCCUCGUGGAUCCCCUGGCCGCUGGACCGCACCUGGCACGUUUCCCCUACCCUCCCGGCACCAUCCCGAACCCGUUGCUAGGACAGCCCUCCCACGAGCACGAAAUGCUGCGGCAUCCGGUGUUCGGUGCCCCCUACCCGCGGGACCUCCCUGGCGCCAUUCCUCCUCCCAUGUCAGCGGCCCACCAGUUGCAGGCCAUGCACGCCCAGUCGGCAGAGCUUCAGCGCCUCGCGAUGGAGCAGCAGUGGCUUCACGGGCACCCCCACAUCCACGGGGGGCACCUUCCCAGCCAAGAAGACUACUACAGCCGCCUGAAGAAAGAGGGCGACAAGCAGUUGUAACACCUUAUUUAUUUGUAACGCUGACUACUCAAGAUCCCAGUCCUCGGGGAGGAACGGAACGUGCUGAUCUCGAGAACUGCCAAAAAGCAAAAGGAUUCUCUGCUGCGGAGAACGUUCUCUAGGCCACACGGAAAGCACCCACCCACCGCCCACCCGCCCACCCGCCAGAAAGCCCGGCAUCUUGAGACGUUCAUCGGUGCAUAUGUUAUAUAGCCUUCAUUUGUAGAAAAGAUUUCUCAAGACCAGUUCAGGAGUCUCCUUUGCAUGACUAAACCUGUUAAAAAGCCUUUUUUUUUUUUUUUUGGAGGGGGGGAGAGGAAAAACGAAACGAAAACAAAACCACCAGAGGAAUUAUUCAAACAGUUUCCUCGCGCAAUCUUGGGACAAUGGUUUGGUAUGUUUUGGGGCGUUGGUUUUAUUUUUUCAUUUUGAGUAGGUGCUAGUUUCAGGUUCCAACCUCUAAUACAAGCCACUGUGCAUAAAAAGUAUAUUCAGUUUAUAUAUAUACUUUAAAAAAAAACAAGAAUUGCAAGUAGGUGGCUUAACAACCUCUGAAAAUCCAAGUGCUAUAAUAAGAAUUUUAAAAGAAAAUCUACUUUUAUUUUAAUACACGGUAGGCAAACUUCAUAAUUUUAAAGAGAGCUUUGCAGCAUGGCUUUUUAAGUCUGUAAAUAACUUUUUGGGGCUAGGGGUUAAAAAGAUGAUUAUAAUUUCCAUGAAUUCCUGAUUAUUAUUAUUAUUUUUUGCCUCUUCCCCACCCCCUGCUCCUCAUCAGUAACUUCGUAAAAUCAUUACUUCUUAACCUGGUGUUCACAAGAAUAUAGACUUGAUUUUUUAAUAUAAGAGGAAUAUAUAUAUAAGCAGCCCUUUGAUUAAAGAGCAGGGGGCUGGUGAUUUCAGAAUGGCUGGUAGAAGCCUGAGCAUUAAAGGGAGUUGCAGGGAUAAUGUUUAAAAAAAAAAAACACAGUUGUUUUUUGCACACACGUUACGUGUGCAAGUUUUUAUUUAAUUAUUUUUGUUCCACAAACAUCCUACUCGUUCUCCAUCCAGUGGCUGGUUGUGUUACAAAGCAGGUACAUAUUCAACAGUAUAGAUUUGCUGUGUUCCUGCUUGAGUAGAUCACAUAAAUCACAGGGGCGUGCACCCCUACACACUCUUUUCUUGGGGGGGGAAAAAGGGAGGGGGGAGAUCACAAUCUAGGAAUAUUUAAGUUGUUUUUGACCAUAAGCCCCACUCGCUCAGUGCCGGGGCGAGUGGGUUUGGGCUCACGACGGGUGGGGGCGAGUGGGGGAUAACCUGAGCCGGUGCAUAAAUUAGGUCUCAGUAUUUUGAGAAAAGCUAAAGGGUUGCAGAGCGGCAGGUUUUCGAACCGGUUGUGAUAAAAAACACGGCCCUCUCCUUCGGUGGCUUGGCUUUAAUAAGCCAGGUAUUGGCAGAUCCUUCUGCGCUGGCUGUAAAUAUGAUUUUAAGCAGUCCGUGGUCUUCCCUCAAGGGCACAGUUGUGCGGGAAGACCCCCCCUCUCUGCCCCCCUCCAGCCCCAGUCCACCCUGGGGCUUCUCUUGGGAAGAGGAACAAAACCAGGAUCGAUGGGAUGUGUAACUCCCACCCCCCCACCCCCCGUGGCAACACUCAGGAACUGCCCUGCUUGGCCAGAACAGCUGCCUUUCCACAAGGACGUAACGCCAGCACCCAAACCAGGCUGCCUGGCCACUGGUGGGACCGCACUGUGAGCCCUGACCCUUCCCACGGUUACGUUAGGCAAGCUUUUAAAUGGGGUGGGGGGAACGCAAAGUAGACUGGAGCGUGUGCAAUGUUGCCGGACACAUUUCCUUUUAGUUGCAUCUAUCAGAAGCCUUUGCUGUCCUGUGUCUGCCCCCGCCCCCUUCUUAUUUUGGGGGGAAAGCCAAGGUUUCUGAUGUAAAAAAAAAAAUAAAAACCACCGUCUUGUACUUCUUUCUCAGGACCCUCCCUAUCAUUCAGAAUCCCCUUCCGGGCAAUUUCUCAUUUGUAGCCCAACGCUGACCUGCAUCUCAGUUUCACAGGACGGAUUUGGCUCGGCCCUUUUUGAUUUGCCCGUGUAGUCGGCUUUUCGCUGCAAUUACAGAAACCUCGAGGGGCGAUCUCGCCCAGCCUGGAAUUAAGCCUCGACAGCCAGUUGGAUCAGCGCUGGGUCUGCCUUGAAACCAGCCUUGGGGGGAAAGAGUUGGAUUGAGGAGCGUGGAAAACAUUUUUGCAAGUCAGGUGCAAAAAGAAAAUAAAGGUUUCCCCACCGCCACCAACUAGGAAGAUAAGGCUAAAAAGAAGUGGAAUCUUGAAAGGUUCAGCCAGUAUUUCUGGAGUGUAAAACACUAAAAAGCAGAGUAGCCUCCCAUUGUGAUCACCUUUCUUCCAUCUCCUGUUCAUUUGCACAAGAGGAGGAAAAUGUCUAAUUUCAGCAGGUUUCACCUCUCUCAAAGGAAGGUGGGGGACUUCAGUCUUCAGGGAUCUGCCCAAGCCAAGGCCCCCUUUUGGGAAGCGCAGACAGCAGAAAUGCCUUCUUGAGUCAAAGGUACCCACCUGUUUAACCCCCACCCUCCAUUUAUUUGCAGUUUUCCGGUUAAUAUUCUGAGUCAUUCCAGGUGGGGGAAUAACCUUUAACUACAGUGUUACUUCUUCUAUCACCUUCCUCGGUUGGGAUCGCCCAAUUUUUUUGCGGUUAUCUUUUUACAGAACAUUUUUUUAAAACACUUCUUCUUCUUUCUCACUCUGAUCCCACCCACCCCUUUUUGGUGGAUUUUUUGUUUUCACUGACCUGUCUCUUGUUCAGUGUUGUCAUGGUUCGAGCUCUACCUUCCGACAGCUACGUUUAUAUAUAUCUUGAGGGUUAGUGUAUAUAUGAGUAGUUGGCCAUGGGAAAACACAGUGUAAAGCAGACUAGAAAACCCAGAAGUUGUGAAUUCUGUGUUCUCUCCAUUUGAGUAUUUUGUAAUUUUUUUGAAAUAUUUGUGGACAUAAAUAAAAACCAAGCUACACUA